AAUAUCGUUGUUCCUGUAUCGAAUCUAGCUUGUUCUUGGGGUAAGGUUUCUGAAAGCAAAGCCUUAGCCACGUUUUUGAAUCCCCAUUCUUCGAUCGAGCUUCCUUUGUUACGUUUAGAGAUCCAUCAAGCAAAGAACAUAUAUAUGGUUGAAUUAGACGUUGUGAUUCCAAGUGCUUUUGAUCCAUUUGCGGAAGCAAGAGACGCAGAUGCCCCCGGGACCAAGGAUUAUGUGCAUAUCCGCGUGCAGCAAAGGAACGGUAAGAAGUGUCUGACAACUGUUCAGGGGCUGAAGAAGGACUUCAGCUACGAGAAGAUACUCAAGGAUCUCAAGAAAGAGUUCUGCUGCAACGGCAAUGUGGUUCAGGAUAAAGAACUCGGCAAGAUAAUCCAGCUACAAGGCGAUCAGCGCAAGAACGUCCUCCAGUUUCUUGUUCAGGCAAGGAUUGUUAAGAAGGAACAGAUUAAAAUUCAUGGUUUUUAAUCUAUUCUUUGGGACUCGAUCAGCUAGUUUGCUACUAUUCCUGUACGUGUGGUGCUCCUAGUCCUUGAUUUGUGAAGCUGCAGUGAUACAUAUAUUUAUUUGUACGAAUAACUGGAUGGUUCGAUCGUCUAUAAUAAACAUGUAUGUGGAAUUUUACCAAAUUUCAUUAA